AGGUUCGUCUGAUGUAAACCGUCUUUGUUAUAUACAGAAUAAAAUGUGUAUACAUGUUACACAUUAAAUUCUGGAUGUGGGGAAUGCCGAGUGGUUCGGACAUCAGACAUUUGGUUGUUGUAGUGAUGGGUUGAAAAGUUUAACUGUUUGUGUUAAAUAAACUUGUAAUUUAUAAUCCCUGCUUCUCCCUGUAACUUCUACCUCUUCAUACGUACAAAUGUCAUGAUAAAAUAAAUUCUUCUUAUCCUUAUUUUAUAUGUGGUUAUAUACAACAGAUUGCUUUUAAUAUAACUUGGUUUUCCUUGUUUAUUCUUUCAUCUAUUUAAAUGUCUAAUUGAUGCUGGUUUGAAAUUUGGUGGUUGAGAGACUGGUGGAGGGGUAAGUGUGAUAUUUUUAGAUUGUUAAAUUCCCUCUUCUCAGUGUGUGAUGAGAUGUCGUCUAGACACCAUGGCUCUGUCAGGAGCCAUGCUUCUUUAUCUAGUGUCGGUAGCAAUCAUGACCCUGGUUUUAAGAUACGAAGAUGUUGUAGGAAAUUAAUAACAUUUAUGUGUACUCAAGUGGGUGUGGGAGGUCUAAUAGUAGGCUAUUCCAUUGUCGGUGCAUUUACAUUUAUUUCUAUCGAAGGAAAACAUGAAAGGUCCGAAGCAGAACAGGUGGAGACUCUAAGGAGGGACUGUGUUGAAGAACUUUGGAAACUGCUCAAUGAGGAGAACGUUUUCAAUAAAACAAGAUGGUUGGAAAGGGCUUCGGGUAUAAUUAAAGACUUCCAGUUCGGUUUCGCUCAAGCAGUAAAAAAAGGCUAUGAUGAGCGACCAUCAGAAGAAAUUUGGUCUUUCCCAGCAGCAUUGAUGUUUUGUCUUUCAGUUUUCACUAUGAUUGGAUAUGGAAAUCUGGUUCCCAAGACAAAAUCUGGUAAAGCGGCUACAGUUGUUUACGCUAUAUUUGGAAUUCCUCUUUACGUCUUGUACUUCAUGAACAUGGGACAAGUCCUCGCUUCAGCCUUUAAGUGGUUUUACACCAAGUGUUAUAGGUGCAGUUUAGAAUUGCAGAGGGAAGGUAAUCAGCCUGCGAGAGUUGUCGUACCCCCCACAGCUUGCCUCUGGGUACUCGGUGCUUACAUUGCGACUGGGACCAUUAUGUUUGCAGAAUGGGAAAACUGGGAUUACCUAGACAGUACAUACUUCUGUGUGACCUCCUUGUGCAAAAUUGGAAUUGGUGAUUUUGUUCCAGGUGCAAAUAUACAUGAAUCGGAAAGUGGCCAUCAGACAAAACUUGUCAUAAAUUUCAUUUAUCUUUUGAUUGGAAUGGGUUUAGUUGCAAUGUGUUACAAUCUGAUGAAAGAGGUCAUCAAAGUGAAAAUGCAUGAUUUUAGAAAUAGGAUCACUAUUUGUUUUGAAUUUUUACAGUUGAAAGCAAUCGAUGCUUAUAAGAGAAAACAAAAAACUCAUGGUAAACGUACCAGGCAUUCAAGGAACUAGUAUUUUCUUGGUUUUUGCUAUUUUUUCAAGACAAUGUGCAUUCCAAGUUUGAAUUAAUUAAUAUAAAUUUAAAUAUAACUAAGUCAGAAUCUGUGUAUUGGAUAAGGGCCAAAGUUAAAAAUAGCCCACAUUUUUUCUUUCUUUUACACUUGCCUUUGAUUUACAUGAUGUUUUUUAAACAUUAUACUAUCUAGUUGUAAUUCUUGAUCUUUUUUUUAUUAAUUAGCUACCAUCUAUGUACUGAAAUCAUUCAUGCCUCACAUUAUAGCUUUCUAGCUUUAAUACAUACAGUUAGCAAUUUUAAGAGUAAAUUUAAACUUUUUCAACAGUUUCUGUAUAAUGUGUCAAAUAUUUCCUAUUUUUCGAUUACUAUUAACAUUUGGAACAUAUUAUAUAUUUUAUUUAUUACAUUAUACUUAUAUUCUCAUAUAUACACUUAAGAUAGAGAAUUAUGUUUAAUAAAUGUUGAAGUGAAUUGUUUAUUUUUAUGAAUCACUGUUUUGUUUUUUUAUUUCUAUGUAUAUAAUUCCUUUAUAUGGACAGAUUAUAAAGGGUAAACGUUUUAAACUGCCAUUAAAACAUACAUUAAGUAAUUGUGUAACCGUAUUGUUAAGCAACACUGCAUAAUCAUGAGUAUUUACUGUUGUGUAGAUUUACAAGAAUGGACAAAAAAUUAGACAUAAUAAUGUAUGAUAAAUCUAAAAUGAACUAAAAUCUUUUUUAUAAAUAUAAAUGAUUU